GUAGCAACAAUAAUGACCACGAUGGAGUUGAGCACUUUGCUGGCCAAACUGACGCGCCGCGAGGACCUGACGGACGCGGAGGCCACUUUUGCCGUGCAGCAGGUUGCGUCCGAGAAGGCGUCCGAGAAUCCUGUGGCCGUGGGCGUUUUAUUGGCGCUGCUAUCAGCCAAAGGCGAAAGCGCCGCCGAAGUUGCGGCUUUCGCGAAGCACAUGCGCUCGGAGGCUGUUAACGUGCACGUUUCGUCAGGACGUCCGACACUCGACAUCGUAGGAACAGGUGGCGACGGCGCCAACACUGUUAACCUAAGCACAGCUGCCGCCGUACUGGCCGCUUCUUGCGGAGCCCUGGUGGCCAAGCACGGCAACCGCUCGGUGUCUAGCCGUUCCGGCUCGGCCGACGUGCUGGAGGAGCUGGGCGUGCCUAUGCUCAAGCCUCACAAUGUGGGUCCGUGUCUUGAGGAGGCUCAAAUCGCCUUCAUGUUCGCGCCGCACUUCCACCCUGCCAUGCGCUAUGUGGCACCUGUACGUAAGGCCAUUGGCAUCCGCAGCGUGUUCAAUAUCCUCGGUCCGCUGCUGAACCCGGCGGGGUGCAAGCGCGUGGUCAUUGGCGUCUACACGCCCAAGCUGCUCGAUGUUUUCGGUGAGGUGUUGCUGGCCCUGGGCGUGGAUCACGGACUCGUCUUGCACUGUGCUGGACUGGACGAGCUUAACUCGAUGGGUCCAGCUGAGGUCGUAGAGGUUCAUCGGGAUGCUGAGAAGCCGUUCCGUCGCUACCAGCUUCGUCCCGAGGACGUGGGCGUACAAGUAGUGACGUUGGAACAACUGAAGGGAGGAGACGCCACCGAGAACGCCGCCAUUCUGCGCAAGGUGUUUUCUGGCGGUGUAUUCAGCGAGUGUCCUGUAGGCAACACGAUCGCCUACAACGCCGGCGCAGGUCUGUACGUGUACGGCCUGGCCGACAGCAUCAAGAGCGGCUACGAGAUGGCCAAGAAGCAGCUCUCAUCGGGAAAAGCUUUGGAUACACUCGACAAGUGGGCACAAGUAGCACAGCGGUUGCACGCCGAGCCCCAACUGUGAACGUUUGAUGUC